UGCUUGUUUUCGUCACCGCUCAGUAGUUUGAUCUACCGUUGAUCUCACGGAUUUAUACGGUUUAGUCUGCUUUAGUUUGGACUUAAAUUCGAAAGUUAGUUCCAGAGAGUCGUGGGUCUGCAAUGAGAAUGUAUGGUAGAGUUUGAAACAUAACAUGGCAGACUUUGAAUACGACGAUUCGACCUUUUACAGCUCUCGUCCUUUGGAGGAAAGAUGGCCGCCUUUGGGAGCAGCCAUCGACAAUCCCGCCGAAAACGGUGGAAAGAAUUCUGAAAUUUCGAGAAAGUCAGAUCCUGAAAAGAUCAGAGACCUUGAGGAUGAACAAGAGGAGUUGAAUGGCUCUCUACUUGCUCUCACAAGCCAUUUUGCCCAGGUCCAGUUUCGAUUGAAGCAGGUUGUUGCUGCUCCCGCAGAGACUAGAGAGCGUUUGUUGAUGGAAUUGGAAGAGUUUGCUUUCCAAGGAUGCCCUGAUGUACGUGGUCCAAAAGCAAAGGAAAGUCCAAAGAAGGCAUUGAAUGAUAAUGGUGCAGGAGAAAAUAACUUACAGGAAUAUGAACUGAAGCUGAGUGUGGAGAAAAGGAAACAAGCUAGCCUGAUAGGACAGCUAAAAGAUCAGUUAGAAGAAAUGGAGAAAUGUGUGGCUAUGGGAGCUUCUGCAAAUGUGAAUGAAGAAAUAAGCCCUGAAAAGCUUGUGGAGAAGCAACGGAUUGUGAUUGAGGAAUUGAAGACAAAAAUGGGUCUCAACUUAGAUGGAAUAGAAAAAUUAAGCAAUGAUGAUGUACGAAAAAAUGUUGACAGUGCUAUAGGAGAGCUGAUGAAUCCUGUCAAGACAAAGGAAGAACUUGUUAAACAACUCACAACUCAAAUUGCUGAUCUAGAAAGAUUUGUCACCUUUUUACAAGGAGAAGUUGAGAAUGCAGAGGAGCGCACUGAACGAGCUAAACAAUGCCCGUGCCCUGUACACGCCAAAAGAGGCGGAAGAAAGCAAAAAGAUCGACUGAGGGGUAAAGGAGCGCACAGAUCAAUGGAAUAUUCAUCGGAGAGCGAAAACAAGCUGGAUUAUCCGUGUGACUACAGCUUACAAGAGGAUAUGUCUGGCAGUGACGAUGGUAAUGGGUGCUGUCUUCACGUGCCUCCCGUCCCUGAAACACCAGAGCAGGUCCAUAGUAAGACAUCAAAUCACGUGAGCCUCCCAGUGAUGGCGAAGAGUCUGGCUCUAAUUCUCCUCAGUCUCCGAUGGCCGUGCAAAGACGGUCUCGAAUUCGCACCAGUUCGAUGUCUUCUGAUACUACAGAAAGCAGUGACAGGUUUGAUUACGCCAGAGAUGCUGAACUUGUGAAUGUCGUUAGAAAAGAUCUGGCCAUGGCAUUGAAGGCUUUGUUUCAACAUGGACUAGUGAGGUCUGUCGACAAUCGUCUCAUAUCUUCCAAGUCACUCGUGGCAUGUAUUGUACCAACAACAAGGUCUUCCUUUCCCAAGAGAAUGCAUAUAUGGGAACUUUUCAAUGAAUAUUACGGAAUGAAGCAUGGUAGAGAAUAUAAUUCUACGCCUGCUAGACGGCUCUCUGAGGCGUUUGGUAUCGAAGUUCAAGGUACAAACAUCGUCACAGCCAAACAGACCCUGUUGAGAACACUGCAUAGAAUAAAAACAACACACGAACCCUGUAGGAGAAGUAUGGAUGCAAUGUUCAAAUCUUUGGUGUGCGCUGGAAUAAAUCAAAAAAGACUGACUCACUGGUGUCGUCUCAUCGUGAAGAGUUCGUCACUCUUGGAAGAACAUUACCAAUCAUGGUCGUACGUUUUAAAAACGGGAAUGAAUGAGGCUUUAGAACACUUGGAUCGCCUCAAUGAGUAUAAUUUCCAUAUCCCUGAAGAUUUGGCCAUAAGACAUCUAACCAAGAUAAAUGACGCCUUUGGAGACACUUGACUACUGACUGAAUGUAAAUGAAUCAGUUCACUUGAUCUGAGAAUGGAAAAAAAUAUUAAAAGGCAAUUUUCUUUAAGAACUCUGGGAACGUUUGACUGAGAAAAUUGAUGAGCUUAUGUAGUGAUAUUAUUUUGUGGUCCAGUUUAUUUCAUUUGCUAUCUAACAAAUCUGCUAUGAAACUCAGGUUCAAAAUAUCGUUUUUCUUGGGAUAGUAACUCUAUGUACAUAUUUAUUUUGCAGUAUAGAAAUCUGCUUUUGUACGUUUUACCUUUUUAUGUAUGUUUUGUUCACGAUUAUUGUCUUUGAUUCAAUGCUACUAUUUUUCUUUACUUUCGCUCACCUAAAAAUGGUGCGUUUAUUCAACAGAAAAUUAUCGUCAUGAACAAUUACCCUUUUGUUUCUAAGAAGACUGUUGGCAAAUUGAAAGAUGCACAAAUAAAUAACUAUAAUUAAGCUUAUGUUUAUAUCUUUAAAGAGAAACUAUUUAAAUCAUUGACUCAACCGUAAAACUUUCCUCUUAAGAAAUUAUUAUGGAUUGCUGAAGAACGGGGUAUUUUAAAAUAAAUUCAUAUAUAUCAAUAGAAUGUACAGUAAUACUGUUGGUAGUAAAUAUAAUUGAUGUAACAUUAAUGACAAAUCGCUUUCCUGAGAGGAGAAAUUCACAUCCUAAAGUGCAAUAAUAUGGCAGGAAAAUACAGUUGGAAUACAGAUAUGGACUCAUGA